AUGGUGUCAUUUGGAUUCCUCCGCAGGUUGACAGGGCAUUUAGUAAUUAGUAUUGUUUUAACUUCGAUACUAAACAUUGUGUCACCUAGCAACACGGGUACUGCUCCGUAUUCUUUGAAAGUUAAGAAAUAUGUCUGCAUCGGUACACCGUACAAAGAGUCGACGCUUUAUUCGUGUAAAAGUAUCCUGCGCAGAAACGCGCCCACUUUGGUCCAAUUGACAUUAAAUGUUCCGAAACUGUACAGCAACGUUGUAGUGAAAGUUAUGAUGUUCUAUAAAUUCAGCACUUACCAGCCAUUUAUGAUCACUAUAGUAGGAAACGCUUGUGAAUUCAUUCGACAUCCGCCUGAAUUCGGUAUUGAAAAACACGUGUACGGUGUAAUUGAGGAAACAGCGCCAGAGUUGCUAGCUCCGUGCCCGAUAGGGAACCGUAUCUACAACAUUACUUGGUACCUUGAAGAACGACACGCGCCGAAGCACCUUCCAGCAGGGGAAUACAAAAUACAAUUCCAGCUGACAAUCCAACCCAACGUCACCUUAUUUGCGAUGGAUGUAUAUGUCGUAGUUCGUAAUGUUGGCAUUGUUUCCACCUUCAUUACCAAAUAA